UUUUGGCUGUCGUUUGCACUGAUUUUUACCUGUUUGUGACCUUUUAAAGUACAUUUUUAAUCGAAUAACUGUUUUCUUUGAUUGCUAUCUGCAUGCACAAUUACAACAUGAGCUGAUUUUCACAUUUUACCUUUUUCACUGCUCACCUAUUUUAAGAGACUUACAUUUCACUCUCAGAAUUAAAUUUCAAAGAUGUCAUCUGCGCCUAUUUGUGAUCGUGUUAAUACAUAUGCUAAUAAAAGCAGAGUUAUACCUGGUUAUGAGGGGAUACCAUACAAUUUAUGUGUUAACGUUAUCGGUUGGGUGGUCCUAAUGUUCGGAUUUACACUAUUAAGAAAACUUGCAUGGGACUAUGGACGUAUGGCUACAUUUCAACCUAGGAAAAAUAGGUGGACUCUAUUUUCAGAAAUAAACGAUGAAAAUGUCAGUACUGACAAUGCUUCCAUUGAUAGUGUAGAACAAACUCCAUCUACUAAUGAUCCUGGUUAUUUUUCAUGGAUUGUUAGUUAUUUCAAGUUAAAAUCGGCAGAUUUACAGUUAAAAGCAGGAAAUGAUGCUGUUCAAUAUCUUAGAUUUCAUUUCUAUUUAAUUAUUUAUACAGCAAUCACUACAGUUUUCUGUUUGGUUGUUAUACUUCCAGUAAAUAUACAUGGUACACUAAAAUCUCCUGACUUACAGAAAUUCGGUUCUAUGGGUGCAUACAAUUUUGGCAUUGGAUUUUUCCUGUUGGCAUUUUUUUUAAUGCAACAUUUCUCGAGGCAAUUUCGUCGAGAGUCGACUCGAACACCGAAUUUCUCAGAUAAAACAUUGAUGAUUUCCGGGAUAUCACGUACGAAUUGUUCACGAGCACUCAUUUUAAGGCACUUUGCAGAACUUUAUCCUGAAUGUCCUGUUGAAGAUGUACAAAUUUGUUAUGAUACUCGAAAACUGAUAAAACUUGAAAAUCAGAAAGAUACUGUAAGAGCUGCUCUACGUUACUCUGAAGAAAGUUACGAACGUAAACGUAAACGUCCAUUUAUUAUACCAUGUUGUUGUGGUUGGAUGUAUAAAAAAUGUUAUGAAAAUAAUUGUUGUCGUAGUUGUUGUUGGAAUACUAAUAAUCAAAUAAAUUCUUCACAAAAUUAUAUUUCCAAUAAUAAUGAUAAUCAUAUAGAUAAUAUUGAUGAUACUGUGCCAAGAUCUGAAGCUCUCAACAAUGAAUUAUCUUCAUCAUCUUCCUCUUCUCCUUCUUCACCUAAAAUAAAUUAUAAUAAAUGUAAAUUAUGCCUUUGUUGUUCAUGUCCACCACCUACUGAUGCAAUCAAUUAUUAUACAAAUAAAAAAAUGUAUUUACAAAAAGAAAUUGAAAAACAAUAUGAAACAACAAUUAAAAAACCAAUUGGUAUUGCAUUUAUAACAUUCUCAACCAAAUAUGCUGCAGCUUAUGUAUGUAAGGAAUAUCGUAACAUUUGUCGACGUUUAAUUAUAUCUAUAAUGUCUAGUACCAGUACUAGUUCAGUGUUGAAAAGUCAUAUGUGGUCUGUCGAUUUUGCACCUGUUCCAAGUAAUAUUAUUUGGGCGAAUCUAGCAGCUACGAGAACUGUAUGGUGGUGUCGAGCAAUUUUUAUUAACUUGUGUGUUUUCUUCGUGGUGUUUUUUCUUACUACUCCUACAUAUGUAUUGAAUUUAGUUAAUACAUUGCAUUUAACUGAACGUCUACAAAUUAAUAAUCCACUAUUGAUUCAAUUUUUCCCAUCUAUUAUUCUUUGGUCCGUGUCUGCUUUAUUACCUUACAUUGUAUUCAAUUCAGAUCGACUUGUUGGUCAUUGGACUAAAUCUGUUCUACAUUUAACUGUAAUGAUUAAAACAUACACUUUACUAAUUCUAAUGAUUUUAGUACUUCCAUCACUUGGCCUUACAUCAAUACCUGCUCUACUUCAGUGGCUUUUCCCGGAAAUGCAUAUCAUACCACUUGUCCCAGCAAAUAAUGGUUCAAAAAUUAUUAAUAUUUCAACCAUCAAUAAUACUACUAGUAAUAAUAAUAAUAAUGCUACUACUAAUAAUUCAAGUACACCAUCUUCAUCGAGUCCAUUUAUUCCAAUAGGACCACAGUCAUUUCAAUGGGAAUGUGUUUUUAUGCCAGAUAAUGGUGCUUUCUUUGUCAAUUAUGUAAUCACUGCAGCAUUUAUUGGAACAUCAUUAGAACUUGUUCGAUUUUCUGAAUUAUUUAAUUAUGCUUGCCGUCUUAUGUGUGUUAAAUCACAAGCUGAAAAAGCUGGUGUACGAAAGGCUAGUCAAUUUGAAUUUGAGUUUGGACUGUUUUAUGCAUGGAGUUUAUGCGUCUUCGCUGUGAUCUGUGCAUAUAGUAUUGUAUGUCCGUUGAUUACACCAUUCGGUCUUAUCUAUCUAAUAUUUAAGUAUUUCGUAGAACGUUAUAAUCUCUAUUAUGCCUAUUUGCCUAGCCGUAUUGAUUCACACAUUCAUUGGCUUGCAAUCAGUUGUAUGUUAGCUUCUGUGUUUUUAUUACAAUUAAAUAUAUUCAUGUUUAUUGUUUUACGUGCCAAUACUGUUAGUCAUGCUUUAGUAAUUUGUUCAUUAUUGGGUUUGAUAUUCUCUGCAAUAUUAAUAAUUUUCACGAUUGUUACUGGAUGGAUAAUGGCUGGUAGUAGUUCAGCACGUAAACUUCUAUUUAGAAAUGCACAUUUAGUCCCUACCACUGAAGAUGUAUUCGUUGAUCAGCAUAGUCAGUAUAAUAGUUCAGUCAGUGUUCAACGUAGAGGAUCAAAUUUGAACGAAAUAACCAAUGCACUUGGUGAUCGAAAAUCAUUGGUCGAUGCUACUUUUCCUAUACAUAGAAAUAACAGUGAUCCGAAUCAAUUUAUUCAACCAUUAACAAUAGAUAAAUCAGAACCUAAGAAUUUGAUCCGUUCUGUUCCUGCUUCACCAUUAAUACCACCUCCAUCACCUCCUCAUACUCCUCCUACAUGUUCUUUACAAGUAUUUAAUAGAAAUGAUUUAAUUAGACAUUCAUACCCGGUAAGAAUUGAUACUAAAGAACAAUUUGUUGCACCAGUUUUAUUACAUUUACAAAAAAGACAUAGUAUAGCUAAUUAUAUGAGUACACAAUCUAUGAUUAGUUCACUAUCAGAGAAUAAUUCUAAUCAUCCUUCUCAAUCAGAUGAUCAUAAUAAUUAA